AUGGCUUCCGAGACGCAGGGCAGCGAACAAGACCAGGCGCUGAAGCGCUACGUGGCAAAGGUGCAGGAGCACCGUGAAUUCGAGUCGCGCGUGAAGAAGCUGCGCGAAACGGUCAAGAAGAACAGCGUUGACUACGACAAGUCAGAGGAUCACCUGAAGGCCCUGCAGAGUGUUGGGCAGAUCAUUGGCGAGGUGCUGCGCCAACUAGAUGCGGAGCGCUUCAUUGUGAAAGCCUCCAGUGGCCCGCGUUACGUUGUUACAUGCAAGGUCAAGCUUGACAAAAGCAAGCUCGUUUCAGGAAGCCGCGUCUCACUGGACAUGACCACACUGACUAUCAUGCGCUUGCUUCCCAGAGAAGUGGACCCCAUGGUCUUCAGCAUGCUGCAUGAGGACCCAGGGCGAAUCUCAUACAGUGAUGUGGGUGGCCUCACCGAGCAGAUCAGGCAGAUGCGGGAGGUCAUCGAGCUCCCUCUGACCAACCCAGAGCUCUUCAAGAGGGUGGGGAUCAAGUCCCCCAAGGGCGUGCUGCUCUACGGACCGCCAGGAACUGGCAAGACGCUACUGGCCCGGGCUAUGGCGCACAACAUGACCGCAAGCUUCAUCAAGGUGGUGGCCUCAGCAAUUGUGGACAAGUACAUCGGCGAGUCCGCCCGCAUCAUCCGCGAGAUGUUUGGCUAUGCAAAAGAGCAUCAGCCCUGCAUCAUAUUCAUGGAUGAGAUUGACGCCAUUGGCGGAAAGAGAUUCUCUCAAGGCACUUCUGCGGACAGAGAGAUCCAGCGGACCUUGAUGGAGUUGCUGAAUCAGCUUGACGGCUUUGAUGAUCUGGGGCGGGUGAAGAUCAUUAUGGCCACAAACCGGCCCGACACCUUGGACCCGGCACUGCUUCGGCCUGGGCGCUUGGAUCGCAAGAUCGAGAUUCCGCUGCCGAACGAGCAGGCCCGAAUCGAGGUGCUCAAGAUCCACGCAAAUCCCAUCACAAAGCACGGGGAUAUUGACUACGAAGCCAUCUGCAAGUUGACGGACAACUUCAACAAUGCGGACAUGCGUAAUAUCUGCACCGAGGCUGGCAUGUUUGCCAUCCGUGCAGAGAGGGACUAUGUGGUGGAGGAAGACUUCAUGAAGGCCGCAAGGAAAAUUGCGGACAACAAGAAGCUGGAAGGAAAGCUCGACUACGAAAAGGUCUAG